AACUCAACGUUAGUUGGUCAUCACCAGUCGUCAUGUCUUCAUCUGCUCCAACUUCACCCAAAGUCGCCAAGUCGCCCAAGGCCAGAAGCUCGUCCAAAAGUGGUGCCAAGAAGACCGCUUCUCACCCGACUUAUUCGGCCAUGAUCCGCAAGGCUGUUGUUGAACUCAAGGACAAGUCUGGAUCAUCCAAGUCUGCCAUCCUGAAGUACAUCCUCCAGAACUACAAACUCGGAGAAAAUGUCGCUAAGGUCAACGCUCAGCUCCGAACUGCCAUCAAGAAGGGCGUAAUCAAGGGAGAUCUCAAGCAAGUCAAGGGAAGCGGUGCAUCUGGAAGCUUCAAGCUCGCUGAGAAGAAAGCUGCUGCUCCUAAAGUCAAGAAGCCAGUUGCCAAGAAGCCAGCCAGCGGUGCAUCCGGUGAGAAGAAAGCCACCACACCCAAGAAGAAGAGAUCCAGCAGCAAGAAGCCCAAGGCCGAGAAGAAAGCCAAGAGCCCCAAGAAGGCCAGAAAGCCAAAAGCCAAAUCUGCCAAGAAGCCAUCAGCAGCCAAGUCUCCCAAGAAGUCCACCAUGAAGAAAUCCAAAAAGGUCUCGAAGCCCAAGACGGCGAAGAAGGCAACGACUAAGGCGUAAUCAUUGUGCCUUGUUAAGUGUCCUUAAUCUUCCAGAGAUCUCAUGUACAUAGUUCUAUUGUUCUACCUCAUGUAAUAAAAACUUGA